CUUUCAUCCCUUCCUGUUACGACAAGGUCAAUUUUAUUGCCAAACAAACAGUUCAAAAAUGCCGUAUACUAACGAAGAUUAUUUACCAAGCUAUGAAGAAUUAACUGUUCCUGAGCUUGAAAUAAGCUCAGCUGCCUUUAGAACUGCGGCCCACCAUUUGGGAAAAUAUUGUGACAAUACUUGCAAGGAAUUCAUACUAUGUCGUACAGAGGAGAAUGAUCCCAGGAAAUGUCUAAAUGAGGGUAAAGAGGUAACCAGGUGUGCCUAUGAAUUCCUUGGCAAGAUCAAAAAGUCCUGCUAUGCUGAGUUCACGCAGUAUAUGGACUGCAUUGACCACUCCGGCCUGUCCAUGGAGUUUAAAAAUUGUCGCAAAACUCAAGCUGUCUUUGAUGCAUGUGUGAAAGAGAAUUUAGGACAAGAUCGUCCCGAGCUCGGCUACUUUACAAAGGUUAGACUCCACAAAACUGAGCGACCCAAGGCUGUGCCUGAUCCACAUAUUCUACCAGAGCGUCUACCUGAACCACCUAAGUUUGAAAAUAAAACUACUGACCCCAUGAAAGGACCCAGGUGGUUUUAAUGUGAUUUAUUACAUCUCAGAAGACAGUAGACCUAGAGUAGGACAAGUGUACCUGUAUGUUUCAAUUCAGUUGUAUGCCAGGAUAACGUGUACAUAUUUACCUGUGUUAGUCUUUGUGUACAAAACAUAAACAACUUUAGAGUUAAUUAUUGGUACAGUUGAUAAGAAUGCUGGUGCAAGCUGUUUAUUUGGAAUGUAAAACUAAAUUGUUCAAUUUGUGAAUACCUGACACUUAAAAAUAAAUGCUUUAAAAACAG